CCGAGAGAUUCCCUCCCAAACCUCCGAAAUUAGACUCUUCAUCCUCCUCUCGCCUCACAAUGGCCUCAGUAGCCCGGUCCCUGGGCCGUUCGGCCUUCUCCAUGGCCCAGAGAGGCCCGAUUGUCACAUCGUACCGGUCUUUCUCCGCCACGCCGCUCUCCUUCCUGCCUGAUGAGCCAGCCGUCCCUGAGACUCCCGCACAGCCAGAUAUCCCCACCAUCAAGGAGUACUCGCCCGAGACAUUAGACCCUCAGACACGGUCAAUGUACGACCUGAUGUCCCCCGAAGAACGCCAGGCUUUCGACGCAGCGAACAAGCGCCUGGUUAGCGAAUUCAACGACCCGGAAAAGCGCAAGAGCAGGGUUGCGCAGCUCGAGAAGAAAGUCGCCGAUUUGGAAAAGAGAGAUCCCUGGACCUUGGGCUCUGAUUUUCAAAAGAAGAAGUUGGAUUUUUGGGCUGAUGAGGAAAUUGACCCCAUGGGUAUGGUUCCAGAUAUGGACGACGACUUCAACGACGACGAUAUCACGUCCAUGGCCUAUGCCGAACUCGAAGAGCACCGCGAGAUCAGAGAGUACGCUCGAAUCGCCGCCUGGGAUAUGCCAUCAUUGAGCAAACUCGCCAAACCCUUCACACUACCCCCCGAAACGCAUAUUCUCCGCUUCCGGUACACGACUUACAUGGGUGAAGAGCACCCGGCUCAGCACAAGGUCGUGGUCGAGCUGGCCUCCAGAGACCUGACCCCCAAGUACCUGACCGAGGCCCAGCGCCAGACCUUCCUCAAGCUGGUCGGCGUGCGCUACAACCCGCAAACCGACAUCGUGCGCAUGUCAUGCGAGAAGUUUCAAUACCGCGCCCAGAACAAACGCUACCUAGGCGACGUAAUCCAGGCCCUGAUUAAGGAGGCCAAGGAGGGCGACUCCUUCGCCGACAUCCCGCUCGAUCUCCGCCACCACAAGCCCAAGAACCACCUCCGCUUCCCCGACGAGUGGGUGAUGACGCCCCAGCGCCGGCGCGAACUGGACGGCAAGCGUGCCGCCCAGAAGGCGCGGCAAAUCGAGCAAUCUGACGUCGUGGAUGGAACUUCAAUCAUCACCGAGGCCGUGAGGACCCUGCCCGCUUUCAACCCGGCCUUGAGGCUCCCAGGCAAAGAUGAUAAGGCCGGUGCGAAGGUCGGUGCGAAGGUCGGCGUUAGGGUCGGUGCCAGAGCUCAGCCACAACGGAGACUGCGCUAAGGCUAGAAAUCAAAACAUGAAACUUCCUCUUGAUAAUUUGUGUGAGAUGAUGAUGAGAUGGAAUUUUAUGUCGGUGGCCAGCCACUGGCAAGAGAUCUUUGUGUGUCUAUAUAUGUGUGUAUGAUGUGUUCAUCUCUCGGGGGUAAGCCGAUGGGUCUCUUCCUUUCUCUUUUUUUUUACUCCUCCUUUUUCUUCUUUCUGGUCUUGUCUUCUUGUUUCUCAUACUCGUGUUUCCAUUCUCUGGAUCCUAUGUAUGCUCAGACAAAACAGGGUGGCGCAAAUGUUUGUUUUCUCUUUUUUUUUUUUUUUUUU